AUGAAAAAUUCUGUUAUAGAUAGCGGCACCGAAGUCAAUGCCCAACAAUUAGCUAUUUAUGCUCAAAUUCCACCCGAAUCUUCUUCGACGGAAAGCAGCAUCCCGAAUCAUGAUGAUAUUCUUUCAUAUGAUUUAGACGAAAUUGAAGAUAGAUAUUCCUAUCGUGUAAAUGACGACGUUGAUAUUUCAGAUAGCGAGUUAUCAUCUCCAUCAUCCCUGUUCGCUUCGAAAGACAACAAUUUAUUGGCCAACACAAAUUUUUACGAAGCUUUAUUAAAAAAACAGAGUGGUUCAGGAAAUAAUAUUAUUAACGACAAGGAAAAUCAUAUUAAAGGCUCUCUUAGCACUGCUGACGACCGUUCAUCAACCUUGUCUUUGAUGGAAGCUCACAGUAAAUAUAAUAUAAGUCACGAUGAUAAAAUGAACAACGUUACCACCGAAGACAGUUCCCUAAACCUUCCUUCAAUCAAUGAUUGUGAUGAUGCAAUCAAAGAUUCCUCACUCACAAGAUGCGUUAACGAAAGCCUUUUCCGGUUCCAUUUAGAGUUUGGGCACGAAAUUUUUCGUUACGCUGGUGAAAAUCUUGAAAUUCAACUUCAAGAAGAAAUUAAAUCUGAUUCUUUACUAUUGCGACUCAUUGCGCGUAAAUGUAAAGACAUUUCAAAUUUAACGGAGGUUUCUAUUGAUAAUAACGUUUUGAGAUUUAAUCUGACUCGUUCCGUUACCUGCAGACGUUUGGUAGGCAAACUUCUACCUAUGAAGGUAGUAAAUAUUAUAUCCGGUGUGGCUGCGUUAUGGGGAAUUUCUGAGGGUCCAGAAGAGCCUUCUCUUGUAAAAUUUGAUCCCGUAAAUAAUUUAGAGCUCAUUAUUCUGAACGAAGCAAAUUCACAUUUUAGCUUUAAUGUCCCCGAAGGCUUAGCAUUCAGACUUAAAGAGGAUAAAAUUACGUUCGAAUUAGUUCCUAACGACGUUUCUAGUCGAUUCCUUAAAAGAAUAGAAGAGGAAGUUGUUUCCAGAGUUACUGCAAGAAUUGAUGAUGCUUAUUUAAAGGACGAUUCCUUUCUUUAUACUCGGUUUAUUCAUUUUGCCAAUAAUAUUAAUUCCGAAAGUAGAGAAAUUGUCAGGGGGAUGAUUUUACAGAUGCUAGUUAGAGACCAUGUCCAUGAGUUGAUAGAAAAUACUCGCAGUUUGCUAACCUCAACUUUUACCCGAGGAAUCGUCUAUUUGCAACGUGGAAAGGAAGAUCUAUCUGCUUUCGAGAUAAUCUCACAACAGUUGGAGGACCACAAGAGUGUGAUUAUGAAAACAGUCCUCAAUAACGAAGGCAAACAAACUUGGCUUUUAGA